AUGCAUGCCAAUGAUGAAAGCAAAUCCAAGGACAGCAGAGAUGGUGGAAUGGUUCCUCAACCAGCAGAGAUAGUGGAGCAGGAUGAACAAGGACUGCAUGCUCUCAGAGACAGCUCCAACGGACUAGACGUUCCAACCAAGCAAAACACUAAUGGAGAGGUUGUGGCAAAAGAAGACAAUGAGUGGACAGAGGAAGAAAAGAAGAAGGUUGAACUUAACACAAAGGCAAUCAACCUAAUGCACUGUGCAAUCAGUUUUGAAGAAUACAGAAAAGUGCCAAGGUGCAAGACGGCUAAAGAAAUAUGGGACAAGCUUAGAAUCACCCAUGAAGGCACUAUACAAGUGAAGGAGACCAUAAUUGAUAUGCUGAUGAAGGAGUAUGAAAUGUUCAAUAUGAAGGAGGAAGAGAGUAUCGAUUAA